AUGUCGUCCAAUUCUUCUGAUUCGCAGCCUGUCGCCAGCCAGGGCCUGCUGGCACAGCUCACCGAGCUCAGCUCCACCCCUUACCCUGCACUUGCCAAUUCCGCAUUGCUGUUGGCCACACCGGUCGUGUCGCCUGCCGUUGCGUCGCCCACGGCCGUCGCCAAUGGCAGAUCGUUUUGGACCUCAUUCAGCCGGCCCAAAUACGUGGGUCCUAGCUCCAAAACUGCGCUCUUGUUCGGUGCAGCUCAGGCGCUCGGAGGCUGGAUUAUCUACGACGGUGACCUCGAAAGCGGGUCCGGCUUCUUGGCCGCGUGGUCGGCCCUGUAUCUCAUCGUGGGCGGUCGCGGUUCCGUUAAAGCAUUGAGAUACGGCCGCGUGUGGCCGCUGCUUCUCAGCUCCGCGGCCUUCACCAACACCUACUUUUACGGUAGACGCUUUAUCGCGGGUGGUUUUGUAUAG